GCAACCCUCAAAUCUCUAACCUCGUUGGCUCAGUUGUUUACAUCAGCAUUUUGAGUGUUGUGUGAGUGUUUUGGUUUAAAUAAGCCGACAUUUCCAGACGACGACCAAAAGUCGUCAAGGAAUUGUUUGAGAGGUCAACGCAUUCUUGGCGCCAUGGAAAAAGACGCCAAAGCGUUUUUAAGGGCUCAAGUAGAAGUGGAGCUGCACAACAAGAGACACUGUGCUUAUGAGUCGUAUCAAUGCUCCCAUUUAACCAUCGAUGGGUACAAGUACUGUGUAAAGCACAUUCUGAAUGACAAGAAUGCCCCAUACAAACAGUGCAAUUUCAUCUACCAGAACAAUAGUAAAAGAUGUCAUUUGCCAGCCCCAAAGAGCGACAGGAAGGAUUAUGGAUACUGCAACGAGCACUCUUUGAAACAGUCAUUAUCCCGCAACAAGCAAAAUGGAAAACAUCCUGCACCCCUAACAGGUGAAACUCUACUGACUAAUUUGGUUCACCAUGUGAAGAAACCUCGAAGCAAAGGUGCGGGCUCUUCAGGCCAGAUCCAGCAUGAAGAGCGCACACUUGCUGAAGAGUUGGGUGAGCCGAAGGCUCUAAAAGUCCCUGAUCCUUUUGUUGAUAUUGAUGCUCCCGCCGUUUUCAAUGAGCGUUGCAGUGAGGUGUUGGACAUGUGUAGCGAAUCAGAGAGCGAUAUUGAGCCUUCCAUAUAUGCUACAGUGUGGCAUGAUGCAAAUGCCGAAAGCUCCGAUAAUGAAAGCAUUGACUCUGAGGAUACUGAUCCGAUGAAGCAUGUAAAUGUGUACACUGAAGAAGAAGUAACCAGUACGACCAAAAAUAAACUCACCCGACUUCAGGCCUUGUAUCUUGAAGAAUACAAGUAUUUGAGGUAUCUCUUGAGGGAGAGACGGCGCAAAUACAUCCAUGCCCUCAAGCGGGAAAAGGAGACCUGUUGCAACAUUUAUAAUCAAGUGCGAGACGACCCAAAGGAGCAGAGGCUCUACGCAAAACUGAAACAGUAUAACCAAUAUCAUCGAUCCUUUGGCGAAGAUGCCAUUCUCGAGAGGAAGCAACAUGAACUAAGAGUUAAGGCCACCGAAGGGGCGCAGGCAAAACCGCCGAGUUACCCUCGAUGCCAGUUUACCGAAGGCGGCGUGAAAUGCUCAGAGAAGGUGCUGCCUUUGGCGAAGCAUUGCCGGAAACACAUUUUGGAGGACCCCAAUCAAGUUUUGUUCAAAGCCUGUGGGAAAACAGUCGCAGACAUUGAAUGUAACACACCAGUUGAGGCUAUUUUUGAUGAUAGUACCUGUAAACUGCACAUGGAAAUGCCCCUUAUCAGAUCUUACAGCAAUCCAAGGACUUCUCAAGGAAGUAAAUACAAAGGGAAGGAAUCGGAAUCUGAGCCAGAGGAUACUCUAGAUCUAUCCGCGCACUAUACGCUGCCUUCCAAUGAUAACGUAAAAACCGAGAUGAUCGACUACUCUUUGCCGUCGUUGCCGAAAAUGGAGUCGUUGCCUUCCAUUCUAUUUGAAGACAGUGCGGAAAGUCUAUCGUCUACUUUACAGUAUUCAACGUCAGAAUUCGCUGAAAGUUUCGCCGAGCAAAGUUCGGUAGAUGUGCCAGAGAGCAACUCGCUUGAUCUCGACAUGAGUAUGCCAGCUGAAACCCAGCAGCUGGAGCCACACGUUAAAAACCCAGAAUUAUUAACGUUCACUGGUGAAUGCCGAACGGCAGAAACUGGCGAGUUGAGUUUGGAAACUGGCGGAUUUUCCGACGAUGUUCAACCACCGGUUUUGGACGAUUAUUCGCAGAACGCUAGCGAAUUGAAUGUUGAGCUGGCUACAAAUGGAAAUGUGAGUCAGGGAGUCGACAAAGGUGGUGAAGAAAUCUAUUUGGAGAACCAGGAGAAGAUGGACGUUGAUUAAUUAGUUAAAGUUUUAUGGGCUAAUUGGAAAUAGUUAUAAAUAGUUAAAAAGUUU